CGCUUUCCCUUGUCAGUAGAGCGGCGGCGACGGUGCUGUCAAGGCGGUUCGGUCGUCCGCGCGGGGCCUUCGCUCCUUUCUCGCCGUCCCGGAAUGGGGCUCGGCGGCGGCUUCUUCCCCGCUAGCUGCCUCGCCGGUCGUGACCCCCCGGGAAGCCUCUAGGGUUGUUUUUUUUUUUUGCCGGUGCCGCUCCGCCCUUCACCGCACUGAGACAGUAUCCAGCACAGCACAAUUACAGAGGCAGCCAUAUUGGGAUUAUGAGCUGACGGUCUUGCAGGAGGUCCGUCAGAGAUAGGAUGGCAGGAGGCUAACACUAGAAGAAACUGCGGAAGUCCCUGAAACCUAAUUUCUGGAGUGCACACAAGAGACCAUCAAAAUGUCAGGAGCUUCUGUAAAAGUAGCUGUUCGGGUCAGACCUUUUAAUUCCCGAGAGACCAGCAAAGAGUCCAAAUGCAUCAUCCAAAUGCAAGGAAAUUCGACCAGUAUCCUGAAUCCAAAGAAUCCUAAAGAAGCGCCAAAAUCCUUCAGCUUUGACUACUCGUACUGGUCCCAUACCUCGUCUGAGGAUCCUUGCUUCGCCUCUCAAAAUCGGGUCUACAAUGACAUCGGGAAAGAAAUGCUGCUCCACGCCUUUGAAGGCUACAACGUCUGUAUCUUUGCAUAUGGCCAAACUGGAGCCGGAAAAUCUUACACCAUGAUGGGGAAACAGGAGGAGAACCAGGCAGGGAUCAUCCCACAGCUUUGCGAAGAGCUUUUUGAGAAGAUCAACGACAACAGCAACGAGGAAAUCUCUUACUCCGUGGAGGUCAGUUACAUGGAGAUCUACUGCGAGAGAGUUCGAGACUUGCUGAACCCCAAAAACAAAGGGAAUUUGCGGGUCCGGGAACACCCGCUGCUCGGGCCUUAUGUGGAAGACCUGUCUAAGCUCGCUGUCACUUCUUACACCGAUAUCGCAGACCUCAUGGAUGCUGGGAAUAAAGCCAGGACGGUAGCAGCUACCAACAUGAACGAGACCAGCAGUCGCUCCCAUGCUGUCUUCACUAUCGUUUUCACUCAGAAGAAACACGAUGCUGAAACCAACCUUUCCACCGAGAAGGUUAGCAAAAUCAGUUUGGUGGACCUGGCCGGGAGUGAAAGAGCCGAUUCUACCGGUGCCAAAGGGACUCGACUAAAGGAAGGGGCAAAUAUCAACAAGUCCCUCACCACGCUGGGGAAGGUGAUUUCGGCUUUGGCGGAAGUGAGUAAGAAGAAAAAGAAAACGGACUUUAUCCCAUACAGGGAUUCUGUGCUGACGUGGCUGCUUCGGGAAAACCUAGGUGGCAACUCCAGAACCGCCAUGGUGGCUGCUUUGAGCCCAGCAGACAUCAACUAUGAUGAAACAUUAAGCACAUUAAGAUAUGCAGAUCGGGCCAAGCAGAUCAAAUGCAACGCGGUGAUCAACGAGGAUCCCAACGCCAAGCUGGUGCGGGAACUGAAGGAAGAAGUCACACGGCUGAAAGAUCUACUUCGCGCCCAAGGGCUUGGAGACAUUAUUGACAUCGAUCCGCUGGACGAUUUCUCGGGAAGUGGAUGCAAAUAUCUGAAAGAUUUUCAGAACAAUAAGCACAGAUACUUGUUAGCCUCCGAGAAUCAACGUCCUGGCCAUUUUUCCACAGCAUCCAUGGGCUCGCUCACCGCCUCUCCAUCUUCCUGCUCUCUCAGUAGUCAGGUGGGCUUAACGGCCGUCUCCAGUAUCCAAGAACGGAUCAUGUCCACGCCUGGAGGAGAGGAAGCCAUUGAACGUCUGAAGGAAUCUGAGAAAAUCAUUGCAGAGCUGAAUGAAACCUGGGAGGAGAAAUUGAGGAAGACCGAAGCAAUCAGGAUGGAGAGAGAAGCUCUCUUAGCUGAGAUGGGAGUCGCCAUCCGAGAAGAUGGAGGCACGCUUGGUGUCUUCUCCCCGAAAAAGACCCCUCAUCUGGUUAACCUCAACGAGGAUCCCCUGAUGUCAGAGUGCCUGCUUUAUUACAUCAAAGAUGGCAUAACUAGGGUUGGUCAGGCAGAUGCCGAACGGCGCCAAGACAUCGUCCUGAGUGGGGCUCAUAUCAAAGAGGAGCACUGCAUUUUCCGAAGCGAGAGGAACCCCAACGGCAGCGUGAUUGUUAUCCUGGAACCGUGUGAAUGUUCAGAAACCUACGUCAACGGCAAAAGGGUGAUACAGUCGGUACAGCUCCGCUCAGGAAAUCGCAUUAUUAUGGGCAAAAACCACGUCUUCCGAUUCAACCACCCUGAGCAGGCGAGGGCUGAAAGAGAGAAGACGCCCUCGGCUGAGACUCCCUCCGAACCGGUCGACUGGACUUUUGCCCAGAGAGAAUUGUUGGAGAAACAGGGAAUUGAUAUGAAGCAGGAGAUGGAGAAAAGACUUCAAGAGAUGGAGAUUCUGUACAAGAAGGAGAAGGAAGAAGCGGACCUGUUACUGGAGCAGCAGAGGCUGGAUUACGAAAGCAAACUCCAGGCCUUGCAAAAACAGGUCGAGACCCGGUCCUUGGCUGCCGAGACUACUGAGGAAGAGGAAGAAGAAGAGGAAGAGGAGGUGCCUUGGACUCAGCACGAGUACGACCUUGCCCAGUGGGCUUUCCGCAAAUGGAAGUUCCACCAGUUUACCUCUUUAAGAGAUCAGCUGUGGGGCAAUGCAGUCUACCUGAAGGAAGGCAACGCCAUUAGUGUGGAGCUGAAAAAGAAGGUACAGUUCCAGUUUGUUCUGCUGACCGACACACUCUACUCCCCGUUACCUCCGGAGCUGAUGCCCGCCGACUCAGACAAGCCCCGCAGCCAUUGCCCCUUCCCUCGCACCGUGGUGGCAGUAGAGGUCCAGGAUCUAAAGAACGGCGCUACUCACUACUGGUCCCUGGAAAAACUCAGGCAGAGGCUGGAGCUGAUGAGGGAAAUGUACGACCGAGCCGGAGAGAUGGCCUCCGAUGCCCAGGAAGAGAAUGAGAGCACCAUGACGGGCAGCGACCCUUUCUACGACCGAUUCCAUUGGUUCAAGCUGGUUGGGAGCUCCCCCAUUUUCCACGGCUGUGUGAAUGAGCGCCUGGCUGACCGCACGCCCUCCCCCACUUUCUCCACCGCCGAUUCCGAUAUCACGGAGCUGGCCGACGAGCAGCAAGACGAGAUGACGGAUUUCGACGACGAGGCCUUUGUGGACGACACGGGCUCCGACGUCGGGACCGAGGAGGGAUUGGACUGCUUCAGCGAUGGCCAUGAUCCGUUUUACGACCGCUCCCCUUGGUUCAUUUUGGUGGGAAGGGCGUUUGUAUACUUAAGCAACCUUCUCUAUCCAGUCCCCCUCAUCCACAGAGUGGCUGUUGUCAGCGAGAAAGGAGAAGUGCGUGGAUUUCUACGUGUGGCAGUCCAAGCUAUAGCUGCCGACGAAGAGGCCCCCGAUUAUGGCUCUGGCGUUCGGCAGUCUGGCACAGCCAAGAUCUCAUUCGACAACGAGUAUUUCGACAAGAGCAACUUUUCAUCUGUGCCCAUGACCCGUUCCGGACUGUCCUUGGAAGAAUUGAGGAUCGUCGAGGGACAAGGCCAGAGUGCGGAAGUCAGUACGCCCCCUGAAGAAAUCAACCGGAUGAAUGAACUGAAUCUGAAAUCCAGCACCCUGUCGGAUGGCAAGAUGGCCAUAGAAGGCUUUACUGAGGAGGUUGGGGAACACCUGAAACUGGGCAGUGUCUUUACCUUCCGGGUGACGGUGCUCCAGGCCAGCGGGAUCCUCCCAGAAUAUGCGGAUAUCUUCUGCCAAUUCAACUUUCUCCACCGACACGAUGAAGCUUUCUCCACCGAACCUCUGAAAAACAACGGCCGAGGGACCCCACUGGGAUUUUAUCACGUCCAAAAUAUUUCCGUGGAAGUGACCGAAUCCUUCGUCGAAUACAUCAAGACCAAACCCAUUGUCUUUGAGGUUUUUGGACACUAUCAGCUCCACCCGCUCCACCUGCAGGGACAGGAACUCAACAGCCCUCCACAGCCAUCCCGGCGAUAUUUCCCUCCUCCCAUGCCUCUUUCCAAGCCAGUCCCAGCCACCAAACUCAACACGAUGAAUAAACCCAGCUUGGGACAGAGCAUGACCAAAUACGAUCUCCUGGUUUGGUUCGAGAUCAGCGAACUGGAGCCGACGGGAGAAUACAUCCCGGCCAUUGUUGACCACACUGGAGGUCUCCCCUGCCAAGGGACAUUUUUGCUUCACCAGGGAAUACAGCGGAGGAUCACCAUUACCAUCAUCCACGAGAAGGGCAAUGAGCUCCAUUGGAAAGACGUGCGAGAAUUGGUAGUCGGCCGCAUCCGGAACAAAGCCGAAGUGGACGAAACGGCCGUGGAUGCCGUCUUGUCUCUCAACAUCAUCUCUGCCAAAUACCUGAGGGUUUCUCACAGCUCCAACAGAACUUUCUACCGCUUUGAGGCUGUCUGGGACAGCUCCCUGCAUAACUCCCUUCUUUUGAACCGGGUGACCCCUUACGCUGAGAAGAUCUACAUGACCCUCUCGGCUUACCUGGAGCUGGAUCAUUGCAUCCAACCAGCCGUCAUCACCAAGGACAUCUGCAUGGUCUUCUACUCGCGAGACGCCAAGAUUUCGCCCCCCCGCUCGUUGCGGAGUCUCUUUGGACGGGGCUACUCCAAGUCUCCAGACUCCAACCGAAUAACCGGGAUCUACGAGUUGAGCUUGUGCAAAAUGGCCGAUACCGGAAGCCCAGGAAUGCAGAGGAGGAGACGGAAAGUCCUGGAUACCUCCGUAGCCUACGUCCGAGGGGAAGAGAACCUGGCAGGGUGGAGACCCCGAGGAGACAGCCUGAUCCUGGAGCACCAGUGGGAACUGGAGAAGCUGGAGCUGCUGCAUGAGGUGGAGAAGACGCGUCACUUCCUGCUGCUGCGUGAGAAGCUGGGCGACGGCCUCCCCAAGUCCCUGAGCGACUCGCUCUCCCAUAGCCUGAGCAGCAGCACUCUCAGCACCUCCACCAGCAUCUCCUCGCAGAUCUCCUCCACCACCUUCGAGAGCGCCAUCACCCCCAGCGAGAGCAGCGGCUACGACUCGGCCGACAUCGAGAGUCUCGUGGAGCGGGAGAAGGAGCUAGCUACCAAGUGCCUUCAGCUUCUUACUCAUUCUUUCAACCGCGAAUUUAACCAGGUCUACAACAGCAUCAGUGAUUGUAAGCUGUCCGACAUCUCUCCAAUCGGGCGGGAUUCUUCGGUUUCCAGCUUCAGCAGCUCCACCCUCACCCCGUCCACCACCUGCCCCUCGCUGUCGGAUUCGAGGUACAACUCGGUGGAUCAGAAAACUCCCGAAGCAAAUUCUCGGGCCUCCAGCCCUGGACUGGAGGCAGAACCAUUCCAGCUGACACCCCCUGCGGAAGUUUCUUAUUUGGCGAGGGCCGGGAAAAAUGAGUUUUUAAACCUCGUUCCGGAUAUUGAGGAAAUCCGACCUGGGUCCGUGGUCUCCAAGAAAGGCUACCUUCACUUCAAGGAGCCCCUCUCCCCUUCGUGGGCCAAACAUUUUGUGGUGGUGCGCCGCCCGUACGUCUUCAUCUAUAAUAGCGACAAGGACCCGGUGGAAAGGGGGAUCAUCAACCUCUCCACGGCUCAGGUGGAGUACAGUGAGGAUCAGCAGGCCAUGGUGAAGACACCAAACACCUUUGCCGUCUGCACCAGACACCGUGGUGUCCUCCUCCAAGCCCUCAACGACAAAGAUAUGAGUGACUGGCUGUACGCCUUCAACCCCCUUCUUGCUGGCACGAUACGGUCCAAACUCGCCCGAAGACUCUCCGGACAACUGAAGUACUGAGUGUCCCUCGGGAAUUCUCACGCAAUUUUUAUUUUCUCCCAAAUCCAUCUUUGGCUAUAAGAUAAAACCUCCCCUCUCAUUUACUCUUGUGAUAUUUGAGUCGUUCCCUUCUCUUGUAUUUAACACACACCCCCGCCCCUUCCGUGGCUUAACUUGGCUCACUUCUAGCACUUUCCCCACAUUCUCUCCUCUCUCUCCCCCCUUUCCUUCUCCACCCCCUUUUUUUUGUUUUUUAAAAAAGAAAGAGACUACUCUAAUAUUUUUUUUUCCUUUUCAAGUGUUGAAAACACUAGUAAUCGCAUGUGGCCAAACCGAAGACGAAAUGAUGGGAGGGGGGAAAAUAUGUGGGUUGAGCGGGGAGGAAAACGGGGCGGAAGUUGGGGGGGGGAUUCAUAUUUAUAUAUGCACGACUUUUUUUUUUUGGUCGAAAAAAGAAAACUCCCCCCUCCCCUCUCCCACGUGGGCCCUUGGUUCCUAACCCCCAAGUGACGUCGCCUGUCCUGCUCUCUACGGUGUGUUUGUCUCUUGUCUGGAUGUCAAGGAUUUGAUUUUUCGUCCAACUUUGAUGGCUUGGAAAUAACCAGACUGUGUUUCACCAGGAAAGGCUCCUGCCGCCCUUCAUCUGUGGGGGCGUCCCCUUACCCAGCGUAUGUUGCCUUUACUUCCGAUCGUGUAUUUAUUUAUUUACUUUUGGAUCUAUUAUUUUGGAUCUCUGGUUUAGGAAUCGGUUAUCACCAGGAGGGUGGACUUAAAUCCAGGCUUGGUUUUCAACCGCCGGCGUAGCCUGGUUAACAAUUGAGCCCUUCAGCUUGGCCAGCGAUGGCUGCCUGCAGCUUUCUCUUUGGGGCAGAUUCAGUGGAGCAGGUUUCAGACCUUGAGGAAGUGGGGGGACUGGCUGCGGGAUCUGCCUGCCCUUGACCUCCCCCGAGCGCAGUGUGGAAAUCUGGGAAUCUUGCCUCCGUCCCUGAAGGAUUUGAACCACUACAAUGGAAAAACAGGCAGAGGUAGUAGGCCUAAUGUAGCGCCCUCUUUUUCGCAUCGGCAGAAUCAACCGGAGGAAGGCGGAACGGUGUUUGAAAUGGGGUCUACUCAGGGGAGGCCUUCAAAAAUUUUAGCAAGGGGUUCUCUGCUCAGUUGCUGGGUGGGCGUGGCCUAGUCAGGCUCCUGCACCACGGCAGGUGGGUGGGUGGGGGCGUUUAUGCCCUCCCCGGACUCUGGAGGCUUUUCUCGAACCUCCGGGAGGGCAAAAACAACCUCCCCAGGCUCUGGAGGCCGGAAAAGGGCCUGUUUCCGGCCUUCCCGAACUUCCAGUAGGCCCGCUUUUCGCCCUCUCCAAGCCUGUGCAUGCGCCCUGCACUUACCUGCAUCCAAAACGGGCCGCAUGGGGACUCCUGGGAGGGGAGGGUGGGGCCAGCUAGGAGUGGGAUUUGGGGGGGGGGCUUCUCCGAACUGCACAGAAUCUUAGCUAGAGGUUCUUCCGAACCCCCAGCAACCCACCCAUGGAUCUAUCUGGUGAAAGGGGAGAUUUAACCAGCAUUGGGGCUGAGGGGCAGCAUCGCUUUCUCCCCGACCUUUCCUUUCCCACGGUCGAAGGAUCGUUUAUUUUAGAAACAUUCCUCCUUUAAAGCUCAGCUCCCUCCCUCCCUCCUCCUCUUUCUCUUUCUCUCUCUCUUUCUCUGUGCCACCGAGAGCCCUGCUGUGGCAUUCCUGAGUCGGGAAGGAAGUUGAAAACAAGGCGGUGGAAUGCUGGCCUAACCAAUACUCCACAACCGCCGAUUGUCUCCUGUUGGAGGCCUCUCUCCCUUUUUAGGGGUUCCAGGCAGCCCUGUACCUCCUUUGCAGAACCUCCAAGAAAUUCACAUUCAGACUGUCUUGCGUGGCUGAAUGCUCACUUCCUAUCAAGGAAUCCAGCCAGCCUUCCCCUUUCUCGAUUUUAGCUUAUCAGGGCAUUAUUUCCAUGGUGGAUGUGCUCCUUCCCGGCUUUUGCUUGCAAGCCAGAGAGGGGAAAACCGUGACCUCAUUGGCUUUUCCAAACAAGCUUUCUCCAUCCUCCAAUCGAAGGUUGGUGUGUGUGUGUGUGUGUCUCGCUCGCUCGCUCGCUUUCGAGCAUCUCGGCUUAACUUGGGCGCCUGUCUGUCCAGAGAAAGGCAAAAAUCUGAUUUACCCCUCACAACAAACCAAAAACCAUGUGCACGGUUUAAUUCUUUGCAUUCAUCCCAUUGGGUUGGCCUGGGGUGUAGCUUCCCUGCUCCCCCGCUCAUCUUCAGAUCAAUGCCUUAGUGAGACCCCCUUGGCUAGAGCCUCCAGGGGAGGGGGCUUUUUCAUUUGGGGUGGGGGCGGGGGAAAUCCUCUUUUAAUUCUGCCGUGGUAGUCCGCAGAGUUUGCCGUGACGUAGAAUCGGGGAGAUUUUCUGAGCAUUUUCUGUGCCACUUCUUCUGUGCAGAGCAGGUGCCGUCCCCAUCUUGGCCACUUGGAAGACCUGCGGAUUUCAACUCCCAGAAUUCCCCGGCUGGGGAAUUCUGGGAGUUGAAGUCUGCAGGUCUUCCAAGUGGCCAAGAUGGGAUUGCCCCUAGCAUAGAGCAAAAGAAACCUGUUUAAAAAAAGGAGCUUGGCUCCUGAACUGGGAACAUAACUUAUGUAUUUGGUUUGAUUGCUUUGGGUUUGAUUGCACUAAAAACGAGUCUUAACAGUGGGAUUUUCAGUCCUGUGAUGAUACUACACAACAGUCAUACUACAAGGCUGCCGGUUGAAGAGCCAGUUUUUUUGGGGUGGGUGGGAGGAGAACGGGCAUUUUGCAGUGACUUUAAUGAGUUAAUUAUUAUUAUUAUUAUUAUUUGGUGCACAAUAAAAGACACUGUCACUCCAGCUUUGGGGCUGUAAAAACAGUGGAAGGAAUCUGUCUGAAGCUGGAAAAAGGAAUGCGUCUUACACUAACUGUUUGCUUUUUGAGCUUGGAACAAAGCUGGUCGGAAAAUUUGCUCUGGAAAACCCACACCAUAUGUAACGAGAAGAAUUAUAUAUAUAUAUAUAUAUAUAGGAGCAUUAAAGGACACAACGUAACGGACAGAUUACACAAAGGGCAUCGCUUGGGCUAAUCUUUACGCAAGAGGUUCAGUUUAAAUCUUAAGCCUUCUUCCAGUUGCUUAUUUUAGAUGCUCCAGAUUGGGUUAAUUUAAAAUUGAUCUCGGGGAAUUAAGAUUAUCCCCCCCCCCCUUUGGAAGUCUUUACAUAUCCUAAAAAUGUUAACCAGCCCUGCCUUUUUUUUUUUUUUUGCAAAGCAGAGAAAGAAAACUCCGCCUCCGUGCUUCGCUUUAAAAAGAAAUAAUCUGAAUUUCAGCAGAAGCUUUAACCAGUCGACACGGCCUAGAGCCAGCCAGCUCUUUGGGCCGGUCUCCGGAGCUGCAGGCCGCUGCCACGGGCCAGCCAACCCUCUGCGCAGGCCCUGCGGCUCCAAGCAAGGACCAAAGACCCGUGGUCACCUUUGCAGAAUUCCCAGUUAAGGAAAGGGUGGAAGCUGAAACCGAGGCUGUUACCCCGAUUGUCAUCUCAGAAUCGUCUAUUCCUUUUGUUCCAUCAAUGUCAGUUGAUUCAUCCUUUAAUCUCUCUCUUUGCAAACAGCAUACCUCAAUUCUUCUGCCCCAGUACCCCUUUGGUUAUUAAAUGCCAUUAGAUUAGAAGGGGCUGCCAAGAAACCAAGCGAAGUCCUUGAUGGUGUUUUUCCAAGCAAAGAUGUUUUCCUUCCGCUUUGUUAACCCGGUGCAAUGUAGGAAUUAUUUAAUUUGUGGGGUUUGUUUUUUUUUUGGUUUUUUUUUUUUUGGGUAAAUGGAUGUGUAUUUGUGCUGGCUUUCCUUGUGCAUAACCCUCACCCUUCAUUGUUCUCCUCUCCCUCUUGUAUGAUCCGCCAUGAAUUAAUCCUGUGUCUGCCCAGGCAUCGUGCGGUACAAGAUAAAUUUCUCAUUCCGUUCGCGUUGUGGUUUUUUUAAAAUUAUUAUUAUUUCUAACAUGCUGCUUUAAGUAACAGGGGAAUAUUUAAAAAAAAAAUAAAAAAAACCCUUAACUUUGCUGCUUGAAGGUUCCUUGAAUGUAUCCGAAACAGGACCUCAGUUAGUUCGUCCGGGGAAAACAAGUCACCCACUACCAUUCCUUCCUGCCUCGUUGGUGGCUAGCGCCUUACGCUUUUUUAAAAAAAAAAAAAGCGUCAGGAAUGUAUUUCGUGCUGUGCUUCCUCACUAGCCCUGGGGAGAGGGGACAGGGAGGGAAAUUUUAUUUUUUGGCUCCGAUGGCCACUUCGGUGAAGGGUUCAAAUCCAUCCAGGAACAGCUGAAGAAGACCGGCCGAAAUGGGAAGCCGGAUUUUGAAGCUUCCCGGAGCAGCAUCGGUGGAACUCCAACCUGCUUGCAACACCCAGCCCAUUUCCUUAUUUAUUGAUUACCUAAAUCCGGGGAAUCCAACCAUGGCCGCUUUUAAGACCUGUGGACUUCAACUCCCAGAAUUCCCCAGCCAGCCAUGAUUGGACGCUCCUGACCCAAAUCCCGUGUGCUUUGCAGUUUCCCUCUUGUUAGGAUCCACUCACUUUGUACAUUUGCAGAUGUAUUUUGUGUUGUUUUUUUUAACAAGGACCUGCCACUCCACCUAACCCCACUCCCCUUUCUUUGCUGCCCAACUGAAGUGGCCUUUUGGACCCAAUUCUCAAUUUUUUUUUCCGUUUGGAACCGAUCUCAUCCUGAUUGGUUGGAAGGAAUUCAUUCAAAACGCGUUUUGACGUUACGGUUUAAUUUUUUUGACUCCCUUUUGUCCCAACCUCACUCCAGUCCUCUCCCCGGCAAACCCAUGUUUUAUUUUGUAAAUAUAACUGAUGUUUGGAGCUUGGGUAUACAAACUGUAAAUAGACUUCAUGUAUUUGUACUAAUUUGGAACCAUUUUGCUGUAUAGCCUUUAGGUGUGCAAUGCAGAUACUCUUAAUCUAACUCUUGUGUAUGGUAACUGCACCACUGAAAUGUUAGUAAGCAAGGUGGAAAACAAUAAAGAUACAACUAGCGUA